AAAAAAAAGGGUAAAAUCAUAAUCUCAUGAAUCACUACCUUCAAAAGUCGAAGACUAGCGCUUGGCUGGACACAUGAGGCGCCAUUUGAUGUGCGAGAGAGAAGAAUCCAACAUCCCAGCUUCCUCCACUUUUGUAACCUCCAUUUCUCUCCUUCUUCGUCUUUACUUCACAUCUCAUGACAAACAAUGUAACGCUUUGUUAUAAUUAUUAGAGAAAUUGUCAAUUUUAGUUUACUUUAUUUUAAAUUUCACAAUUUUAUCUGAAGAAUUUUUUGAGAAAUCAUCCUAAAAUUUCUUUUAAAAGAGUAUGCUUAAUUUUAAAAUUCUUUUUAACUCUUUAAACAUUUCACUAAAAGACGUUUUUAAUAAUUAAUUUUUUUCAUUUUAAUAUAUGAUUCAAUUUAUUUCUAUGUUUCGCAUUUCACUGUCUUGAGUAGACUUGCCAUCUUAGAAGUUUAAUAAGAGCUUAUUCUUUUAUAUCACCCUCGCUCUCGUUAGACCACUUUUUCGGAUCGGGUCAUCACAAGCAAUGCUUGCAUAAGGAAGGCACGAGGCUUGCAGAAGGAAAGCACGAGACUCGCAUCGGAAAUUUCAGGGUCUUUCAAAAAUAUUUUAUUAUAAUAAUGUGAUUGGCUGAGAGAUGCAAGGUAAAGCUAGUCAAUCAAUGUGGUUGCAUGUGCACAUCACGUGUCAAAAUAUUCAUUUACCUUUCCUUACUGGCAUUCUCUCACCCUCACCGACCGGCUACUUCGAUUCCCAGUUCCAACUGUGCCCUCUUUAGCACACACUUCGCCUCAACGUCGCCGGAACUCAGAUUUGGUCAUCGGGAAUCGGUAUCACUCAUAUCCUUAAUUCAAGAAAUGUAUAACAAUGUUGGAGUCCAGCCUGGGGCGCCAAUGCCUCCAACAAAUCCUCAGCCUAAUCCAUUUGGGAAUUCAUUCUCUGGAGCUGGUUCAGGGCUUAUUAGAGGUGGACUUGGUGCAUAUGGAGAGAAAAUUCUAGGAUCAAGCUCUGAAUAUGUACAAAGCAAUAUAAGUCGAUACUUCUCUGAUCCCCAAUAUUAUUUCCAAGUGAAUGACCAAUAUGUGAGAAACAAAUUGAAGGUUGUUCUAUUUCCAUUCCUGCACAGGGGACACUGGACUCGGAUAACUGAGCCAGUAGGGGGCAGGCUUUCCUACAAACCCCCAAUUUAUGAUAUAAAUGCACCAGACUUGUACAUUCCAUUCAUGGCAUUUGGUACAUACGUUGUACUUGCUGGCUUGUCAUUAGGACUUAAUGGAAAGUUUAGCGCUGAAGCACUCAAUUGGUUGUUUGUGAAGGGAUUACUUGGCUGGUUUCUGCAAGUUUCAUUGCUUAAAGUAACAAUGCUUUCAUUGAGUAGCGCAGAGGCACCCUUGUUGGACAUUGUUGCCUAUGGUGGAUAUACUUUCACAGGGAUGUGUUUUGCUGUCCUUGGAAAGAUUUUAUUCAAAUACUCUUACUACUUUUUGAUGCCAUGGGCCUGCUUAUGUAUGGGAAUUUUCUUGGUGAAGACGAUGAAGAGGGUCCUUUUUGCAGAGGUGAGGAGUUACGAUUCGAGCCGGCAUCAUUAUCUCUUGCUAUUCAUCGCUUUGGCUCAGUUCCCACUGUUCACAUGGCUUGGCAACAUUACCAUCAAUUGGCUUUUCUAAACUGAAUUACUUGAUAUUGUAGUCAUAAACAAUUAAGUGUUUGUAGAGCUUUUGAAAUUUCAUAGAAAAUUUUCUGCUUUAGUUAA